GGGAGGUGGUUCCUGGCAGCGCGGCCCCGCGGCUCUCGCCGCUCCCGGGGGCGGCCGAGCGGAAACCCGCCYCCAGCCGCCCGGCAUCCAGGAGGCAGACGGCCCCGGCCAGAGCGGGAGGGAUGCGCCUCGCCCUGUCCGACAGCGGCGAGCAGCGGCCGCCCUUAAUWAGCAAUUAGCCCGUCCCCAGUCUCCCCUCGGCAAGCACUAUCCCAUGCACGCCGACCCGCCGCCGGCAGCAGCGGCCGACGGCUUCUCCCGCGGUGCUGGCGUGCGGGUCGCUUAAGCCAUGGGGAAUGGGAUGAACAAGAUUCUUCCUGGCUUGUUCAUUGGCAACUUUAAAGAUGCCCGAGAUGUAGAGCAAUUGAGUAGGAACAACAUUACGCACAUUCUUUCAAUCCAUGACAGUGCCCGCCCUAUGCUUGAGGGAAUGAAGUAUCUGUGCAUUCCUGCUGCUGACUCACCCUCGCAGAACUUAGCAAGGCAUUUCAGAGAGAGCAUCAAAUUUAUCCAUGAGUGCAGGCUCACAGGUGAAGGCUGCUUAGUUCACUGCCUUGCAGGGGUCUCCAGGAGUGUCACACUGGUGGUUGCCUACAUCAUGACCAUCACAGACUUUGGCUGGGAAGAUGCGCUGUCUGUCGUCCGCGCAGCGAGAUCCUGYGCCAAUCCAAACAUGGGCUUCCAGAGACAGCUACAGGAAUUUGAAAAACAUGAUGUUGAUCAGUUCAGGCAGUGGCUGAAAGAAGAAUAUGGGGAAAACUCUUCUCAGGAUCUGCAAGAAGCCAAAAAUCUUCUGAGCAAAUACAAAGAGCAGGCAGAGUUGCAUCAGACUACUGGAGGAAGGCAGUGGAAUAACAACUUCUCAUCUGUGCCAUCUCUCUCAUACAGCAACUACACAACAGAGACCUAAUCGCAAGAGGUCAAAUUUUUUUUUCCACCUUUGCAAAACAUCUUGCCAUGUUUUCCAUCCCAUCUUCAAGACUUUCAGCAGUAAACCAUGCAAACUGUUGAUUUAUAGAAAGCUUCUUGAUGACAUUAUGUGUGUGUGUGUAUGAGUGUGUUUCACACAGUUUUGUGAUUUGGGCAGGAUCAAGCUCUGUUUAUGCCCAGAGACAGGAUCCAGUUACUGUGGCUGAGGCAGUUUGUCCACCAGCCACAGCUCUUUCCCCUUCUGCCCACAUUGCCUGKCAUUUGCUGUGAGGUUAGCUCAACUCCUCUCAUUGUAGGCUAGYAAAGGGCUUGGAGAGAUGAAGUCUGGUGAUUCAAAGCUGUGGCAGUUUGGCAUCUGUGCACUAUUUGUGUGGCAAAGGUGUUGCUGCACCUGAAGAAGGGAGCUCAAGUCUGUGUCUCGGCUGCUCCUGUUGGCGAGCAGUAGUGUGGAGGUGGGCGUGAACUUGAACGCUAGGCUGAAAGCUGGAGCGGGUGAGACAGGGGCACAAGUACCUUUCCCCCAGCAAUAGCAUCUAGGAGAGAAGUGGGACAGACAGCUCUGAGUAAUAACACUGCAACGGCCACGUUUGUCUUUGCUUCAGUGCCCGUGAGACAGAGCUGUCRGCAGAGCUGCCGCAGACCAAGAGCACCCAGGCUGUUACCACAGCUCAGCUGGUGUGCAGUGAUUUAAGCCGUGGUCCCUUGAUUGUGCAUCUGGUCUCCCAACAUCAGCUUUUCUGGAGAAUAGUUUAUCAGGUCUCCAGUGCYGCUGAACUUCAUUCCCCAUGGAACACGUGCCUCCUCAGCACACGCCCCUGCGCACACGAUAACGCGUCUCCAAAGAGUGGGCUCGGUGUGAGUGCGAGCACCUGUUUCUUUGCUUGUGCUGUGGUUUGCUCUUUGACUUCAGCUACCUCAAAAAUGCUGUUCUUGUCAUUGUGGUUGUAAACGCAACCUUGAAAAUUGCCUUGUGUAAUCUUAACCUAACACUGAGUGAAGUAAGUGGGUGCGUGUGCGAGUGUGCGUGUGCAUGUAURUUUCACAAAUGUCUGUAUUUGAGAAGUUAAUUGUUUUCUUUUAAAAUUGCCCAUAUAUCUCACUGGUUUAAAGAUUGAGUUGUUGUAAUUCAACUUUCCUUCCAUUUAAACACCACUAUAUAUUUUGCUGUGAUCAGAUUUAUAGGAAUGCAUUUGUACAAUAUUUUAAACUAGGUUGRAACUAGGGGCCAUGCUCUGCUCUUGGUAACGCUGUGUGUUUUUGGAAUGGAGCCAUUGCCUGACUCAAGCGGCUUGUAAGAGURUAACUCCAAACUUGUCAGUAGGGAUGCUGGGCAGUGUGUUGAUUUCUGAUGGUGUAAUGUGGAGUGGCCCUGAUGCCAAGAUCAUGAUUGCUUGUCUUUGACUUGGAGGAUAGAAGGCCCACUUUUCUUGAAGAUUCUAGAAAAUAAAAAAUACCACCCAAACAGCCAAGAUUGAAAACUAAAACUAAACCCUUCAUUUGUUUAAAUGUGGUGUAUAUCAUGCUUUAAGCUGAGCACUGAGUGAGAAGCAGUAAGCAUACUAAAUAGAGUGUUGUUUCUUUCAAUUCCUUUGGURCUCGGGCCUCCCAUCCUUCACAAGAUUCCUCUACAUGUGAUUUCCUGUUUGCAGGUGGCAAGGAAUUCAUUGGAUGGGAGCAAGGCUUUUGGGUCAAGUMAACKCUGGCUGUUAAAUAUCUGUUAUUAAGUAUCUUAAAAAAAUAUGUUAUGGUUUGUGAAAUAGUCAAUAAUCAAUAUCAGUAAUUGCCUAAAAGGAAAAAAGGGAAUGGCAUGGAAUGGACCUGUCCAUUUCAUCUGAGGUCAAGUCUGCAUCAGGGUUCUCAUUGCACUAAGUGCUGUAAGUGUACUGAGCACGAUGAGAGCAGGAUAAUCAUAUCUUUGUUGCAGUAAGGGAUGUUGCUGAAUUUGGGAAGARUGCUGGAAUUGACCUUGUUUUUAAGCUUGCAGCUAAAUGAACAAUUGCWUAUUUGGUAUAUCCAGUAAUUGCUCUGUGAUUGCUUGGUAAGAGAGGUAUUUAGCUGCUCCUGAAAAUGUUGAUCUGCAAAUAAUUGCUUAAUAAUUCCAGCCCAGCAGUGUCCAUGCUGGCAGUCCCUUCUGUGCUCUGAGGGUAGAUGUGAUAAUUGGAAAAUAUUUUCCUCGGUAACAGGGUCUGACACACGUUCAGGAUGCGGGUCCAUUUGUUCAACCCUCUACUCAAAAUAGGAUAUGUGGGGCAACUUCAGCCCAUCCCCAAAGGGCAGCUUUGUCAGAAGGAUUCUGCCUAUGGUCUUGCAAGUAUCCAGCCAGUCCGUCCUGUAGCUGGCUGCCAACACUUUGUAUCCUGUAACACUGCUGGCACUCUUGUCCUUGCAGUAGUAAUCCUGUGAGUGCUGGUAAGUUGGCAGGUUUUUUUACUGUUCUGAUAAAUAAAAGGCAGAAUGGGAAAUAUCUGUUAAUAUUCAUCCGUCCAAGAUUAAUCUGCACUGUUUUUUUAAAUAGUUUGGUUAUCUCCAAAGAGUCAGUCCSCCAUACAGGAUUUUUUUGGAACUGAGUUUGGCUUUAGGGUCAUAUAGCCACAUCAGUGUGUGUUAUGCUGCAGCUUGAAAGCAGAUACAGGGUAAGCUGGGAAGAUGGAGGGAGUGCCAUAUUGUCAGCAAGUGGAAGUGCUUCUCUCUCUUUGAAAGGCAGAAGAGGUAUUUUCUAUAAACUAAAAUUCUGAAAACUUGAAUCUGGUUUAUCCAUKUAGAGAGCAGAAUGACAGUUUACCAUCCCUAAUUACCAUGGGUGCAGAAUAGAGARCCACAGUUCUCACCUUUAGCCUUUUAGAGAGGGAGAGGGGCUAAUGCAGYCUGAGAAUGUGACAUGAUUUGUCUUCCAACCAGCCUUUCAGUGGCAAUUUAUAGGACUUUCCAGCUGUCUGGAACAUUACUAGACCCAAUUCACCUCUUAGUUGYUGGCCUUUGUAGUGUAGAUGAUGCAUUCAGUUAUUUUGUUUCUGUACUUCGAAACACUGUCCUCAUUUUGAUGUUCACUGGAAAAUGUAUAAAGUUUAUAAUACCUUAUUGGAUAUCCAGAUUUGAAAAGUAUAAUCARUUUUUCUUUUGGACUAAACUUGACAUCCAUGUGUGAUUAUAAGGAAAUGUCUAGUGUUAUAGAAUGUAGGUAAUGGGUAAAUGCAUUAAUAGUGUUUAUUACUCUGUUUUUUAACCUGGAAAAAGUUGCUUCCUUACAUUUUGUGGUUGAGUGGGAAGAUAUGGCAAAUCAUAUCUCUGUUUUUUAAAAAGGAYAAUAACUUUGGUUGCUAUAAUGGCCACCACCUAUAAAGAUGUCAGUGAAAAAUUAUAGCAAUUACUUCCACUAGUUUAAAAACUCUAAAUCUCGUAAGCUUCUUGAUUCUCUGUCUUCCUCUUCCUGGGCAUCUUAGCGAAGCCUUGAUUGCUUUUUCCAAAUGUUUGUAUUUAAUACGUUCUACAAUUUUUUUAUAAAUAAAAUUAAAUGUUAACACCUGA